AGAGUGAGUAUAGUGAGUUGACAUUUUUCGUUGUUUAGGUUAUCAUCCUACGAUUUGUAUUUGCGGUAUUUACUAUUUUUUAAAGAAAUUGGUCACUAAAAAUGUCGAACAUCAACUUACAAUGUCUCUUGGGGAUACAGUGCAAUGAUUUUGUAAUGAUAGCCGCUGAUCAAUCCGCCAGUCACAGUAUUAUGGUGAUGAAGGAUGAUGAGGAAAAGAUUUACAAAAUAUCCGAAAAACUGGUGAUGGGUGUGAUUGGUGAUUCGGGAGAUACCACUCAAUUUGCAGAGUACAUUGCAAAGAACAUUCAGCUAUAUAAGAUGCGUAACGGAUACGAAUUAGGACCUACUGCGGCUGCCAAUUACACUCGCAAGAACCUUGCUGAGUACCUCAGAAGCAGAACCCCAUAUUUCGUAAACCUCCUCAUGGCAGGUUACGACAAGGAGAGUGGUCCUGAAUUAUACUUCAUGGACUACCUUGCAUCCAGUGUGAAGGUGCCUUUUGCUUCUCAUGGCUUUGGUGGUUACCUCAGUUUGAGUAUCCUUGACAGAUACUAUAAGAAAGAUGCAACUGAAGAAGAAGCAUAUGAAAUCCUGAAGCGUUGUGUCACCGAAAUCCAUAAACGUUUGUUUGUGAGCCUGCCCAACUUCCAAGUGACCAUGGUCAACAGAGAAGGCAUCAAGCAUCUGCCCGUCAUCAACUCUGCGUCUCUCAAGUAGUUUUGUAUUGUAAGGUUAAAUAAAGGUAUUUCUUUGUAAACUGA